AUGGGAACGCUUGAAGAUGGAACUGAAUUUGACAGUAGUCGUGCACGUAAUCAAGAAUUUAUGUUUACGCUUGGUAUGGGACAGGUGAUUAAGGGCUGGGAUCAGGGAUUAUUAAAUAUGUGCGAAGGAGAACAGCGACGUCUAACUAUUCCACCGGAACUCGGUUAUGGCGAACAUGGCGCACCACCAAAGAUUCCACGUAUGUAUAAUACUUUUUUUGAUUUUCAAUUUCUAUUUCUUUGUCCGCGAAUCUUUUUUUUUCAAUUUUUUACAAUAAAUGAUGAAUUAUGA